AUGACACCUUCCGAAGCAGAUGCUGCUCUGAAUGACACAUUAGAGGAUGUGCAAUCACUUAUAAAGCGAUGUAUGAAGUUGAAGGAGGGCGAUUCAGCGGCGGGGUUGGCAUUAUCGGAUGAAAUCGCUAGACGUGUGGCAAAAGACUUAAAACUCUACGCAGGCCAUGCAACAUCAUUCUCCCCCCAGCUGCUGUCAUGUGUGGUGGUCGUACAGCAGUAUUCCAAGGCUGGCGUCUUUCAAGCAUUGCUGGACUGGACAACCGUCGUCGUCGAUGAUCCGCGCAUCAAGCAUCAUCCAAGAUUCCACAAGACGGUAAAUUAUCGUCAUGUCACCAGUUUUGGGGUCACGGAACCCAUUGCUUCCGUUUUGGCGGAUGCGCAAGCUACCUCCUCAACGCUGCCCUUUGAUGCCACUCUGGAGGGCAGGUCGAUUGCUCACGUUCAAGACCCUGCCCUCACAAGGCAAAUCUUGAGCCUGGCCAUACAUCUACCCCAGCAGCCUUUAAUGGCACCAUUGGAACCACUGACUCCUCUUUACCCUUCCACCGCAGCUGCGCCAAGCAAGGAUGAUCCUAGUGUGACAGGAAACAUGAAGACACAAACGAAGACUGUUCAACAACCCGCCAAGUGGAAGAACAGACAAGCAGAAGAUGAUGUCACAAAUGAAACUCACGGGACGCGUAGACCAGCACCACACCCAUUAUCCCGGCAAUCUGCUCCCAAAAGGAAGAAGAAGUUCAUGUCGGAUGAUGAGGAGAACCGCCCGACCAGAAGCAUACUUAUCACCCAGAAGCACAAAUCGUUGCCAUUGAGGGCAAGUGCAGUUGCAGGACCAGUCAAUCCAAUGCCCUCAGACACAGUCAAUAAAGGUUUCUGGGAUGCAGACACCAGGCCAGCUGGAUGGGGUCGUGAUUCCACCAUUGCAAUGGCGGCGGAGUAUUCCGUUCGCUAUCACCCCCGAAAGUGUGACAAAUGCGUCAAAUUGGAUAUAACCUGCGCAAUUGACGGCAUUGGCGUCCAGGAGAGGUUGCAAGCAAAGUCGAAGGGAGAUGAAGCUCUUCCUCCCAAAUGUACCCAAAUCUGCACCCCCAAAUCGCACCCCACCAAAACUCAAGCUAAAUCUGUCACCACAAAAAGAAAGAAAAACCCUGCUCGUGGGUUCACCCGUGCCGGACAAAAGGCUGUCGUGUUAGAUUUAUCGGGCGACUCACAUGCGGACCAACCAAUGGAGGGUGUGACUCAACAUCCGGAUCCACUGGCACCCCCGGCCAUGCAGCCUUUGGAGACAGUGUUACCCCCGGCAACGGCCCAACCAAUCACCGAUCCUGCGGUUGGGUCAAGCAGACUCCGACAUCAGCCCAAGCCCAAGCCAACUGCCAGAGAUAUACUGCAUAGCAUACAUGACCUCGGUAGACGGUUCAAUCUCCUUGCCACAAAUGAAUGGGUGGACACGUUAGACACAAGGUUAGGUGUGAUGGAGAAGACAUUAGAUGUGAGGUUGACCGUGCUGGAGAAAUGUUUAAGCACUUCGAAUCAGCAUUGGACUGCGACAUCAUCAUCUCUGGGCAAUUUGGCCAUGGCUCUUCGGAAGCACAAAGACAAUUGGAUGGUACACCAUCCUCGUGAGAGCAUAGCCAGAGACUCACAGUCACAGCAACAUAAGGCCAUGUAUCCGUUGUGGUCACUCCACAAUACCGGCAGCGGUGAUGAGGAGGCUGCCUCACAAAUUGUGAGGCAGCCCCCUAGUGUCAACAGCAAACGGCUAGAUAAUGCCAGGAGAUCUGUAUCUACAGCUGUACCUGGAACAUCACUUCCGUUCGCCUCCUCUCCUUUAUCUUCCUGA